AUGAAAGCAAUUCGCGUAACAUCCUUCAACAACCCCUACGAGAUACAAUCCAUUCCCGUUCCCUCCCCAACCUCUCUAGCCCCUCACGACCUCCUCGUCAAAGUCGCAGUUGCAUCCUACUGCCACACAGACAGCAUGGUCUCCUCCGGCAUCUUCGGCACAUCCCUCCCCUGCACCGCAUCCCACGAGGGCUCCGGCACCGUCGUUGCCGUCGGCUUCGCGUCCGCAUCUUCAGACUUCAACUUCAAAAUCGAAGGACACGUCGGGGUCCACGUAGACGGGUGCUUUGCGGAGUACGUCAAGGUGGAUGCACGGUCUACCGUGCCGAUCCCAGAGGCCGUCUCUUUUCUCAGUGCCGCGCCGCUGGCGUGUGCUGGACGGACGGUCUGGAGGGGCGUGGUACAGGCUGGGCUGAAGGAGGGCCAGUGGCUUGCGAUCCUCGGGUCGGGAGGCGGGCUGGGCCAUUUGGGGAUUCAGAUGGCCAAGACUUUGGGCUUGCGCGUCAUUGGCAUUGAUGCGCGGGAUGAAGGGUUGGAGUUGACGAGGACAAGCGGCGCGGAUGUGGUUCUUGACGCGAGAAGAGACAAGGAGGAUGUCGUUAAGGAGGCGCGGGAUGCUGCGAAUGGCGGGGAGGGUGCUGAUGCCACGCUCAACUUGUCUGAUGCGGAUUCUGCUGCGGCUUUGGCGUGUGCGGUGACGAAGAUGCAUGGGACCGUGGUGCAGAUUGCGCAGCCUGACGAGGUGAAGAUCCCGUUCCAGGAGUUGGUGUUUCGCGAUGUGAGGGUUAAGGGGAGUUUGCUGUGUUCGAGGGAGGAGAGCAUUGGAUUGGUUGAGCAUGUUGCGAAGAAUGGGAUCAAUCUCAAGACGAAUGUCUUUCAUGGGUUGGAUAGAAUUCAUGAACUUACUGAGCUUGUGCAUACGGGCAAGAUGAGUGGUAAGGCUGUCAUUGUGGUGGAUGAGCAGCAGAUGGCAGACGAGAAGAAGCUUGGUGCGAAGUUUUGA